UCUAUGGACAUGGAAAAGUUCCCGAUGGACACACAAGUGUGCUCGCUAGUGUUUGAUAUUCCCAGUUCCUACUUCAACGACGUCACGUUCGGGUCAGACUUCAGCGUCAUCAAUUCCUUUCACAAAAAUCAGGUUGAUUGGCUGGUAAAGGAUAUCAACAUAGGAUCGAUAGAAGAAAAGGCUAUUGACAUCGACAUCAUACAGACAAUUCUAGAGGUUCGUUUAGCCCUCUCGAGGCAGCCCUACUACUACAUUGUGGGGACCAUCAUACCACUCAUCUUUUUGUCGUGCCUUAAUCCUUUCGCCUUUCUACUACCUGUGGAUCAUGGUGAGAGAAUCUCGUUCUCCGUCUCUCUGCUGCUUUCCUACGCCGUAACUUUGGCCAGUCUGACAGACAUGAUGCCUAGCUCUAGCAGUACUGUGUGCUACAUCAGCAUACUGUCCAGCGUCAGUAUGUUCACCAGUGUCUCCAUUGCUCUACUUGUUAUCAUAACCGCCCGGGUCGCCACUUGGGAAGGUCAAAGUACCAACAGACAGUUGUGGACCUUCUUAGCCAAGUUUGUGUGUUGGAAAAAGAUCAACCGGGUGAAUACUAGAGGAGACCAAUCGGCUUCAAAAGAUAAUAAAGCAGUCCAAAGGAAAACUCAGCAUGUGGAGAGAGAACAAAAUGAGAGUCUUUUCAGAGUUCUUAAUUUUGAGGAUGGCAAAGAAAAGCCAGCUGGUACAAAUAAUAUUUCUCAAAGUCAUAACAAUGCUGGAGAAACAUCUUUCAGACAGAGCAAUUCUUUGACGUGGUAUGAAGUUGCUUUCAUUAUGAACAGGGUUGCCUUUUUUGUCACAUCGAUUUCAACUAUAUUUUUCGUGACAGUGGUCAUGUUAAUGAUCUCUUUAUAAUUAAUAUACAUGUAUCUGCUUGGUUACGUCUGGGUCUGCAAAAUCCUCGUGUUUGGUGUACAUAUCAUUAAUGUAGUAGUAUUUUCCUGAAAACAAUACCGGUAGUCCGGUUGUUAUCACACUGGCGUGUGUCAUUAAACUGAAAGACUUCUCUAGAAAUCAGGAUAAUUGGUUCUAUCGACUUUUAUCUUGAAAACCCACGUCGGAAUUGUUGGUGUAUUUGACGCUGGUAUCGCCACUGAUACGAAAACAAGGCAUGGCGCGCUCCAUGAGUCCACAGGGACCGACCAAAAGACACAGAGACACAAAUACACUGAUGAACAUUUCUACACGGUUUUAUCAUUAAUUCCCGAUUGCAUAAACGUUAGAGAUGUUUUAUGUGGUGCCCCAA